GGGGCGGGGCUAUAGCGGCGGGAGUCGGGGCGGGCUGUGCGCAGGGGCCGGGCACCGGGACGCAGGCCCACACGUAAGGCCAUGCAGGUGGCCAUGAGCGGCAGGGCCCGCAAAGAGGCGGUGCAGGCCGCGGCCCGGGAACUGCUCAAGUUCGUCAACAGGAGCCCCUCUCCUUUCCACGCGGUGGCCGAGUGCCGCAGCCGCCUCCUCCAGGCCGGCUUCCAUGAACUCAAGGAGACCGAGAGCUGGGAUAUCAAGCCGGAGAGCAAGUACUUCCUGACCAGGAACUCCUCCACCAUCAUCGCAUUUGCUGUGGGGGGCCAGUACGUUCCCGGCAAUGGUUUCAGCCUCAUUGGGGCCCACACAGACAGCCCCUGCCUCCGGGUGAAACGGCGCUCUCGCCGCAGCCAGGUGGGCUUCCAGCAGGUUGGCGUGGAGACCUACGGUGGUGGGAUCUGGAGCACCUGGUUUGACCGUGACCUAACCUUGGCUGGACGUGUCAUUGUCAAGUGCCCUACCUCAGGCCGGCUGGAGCAGCGGCUGGUGCAUGUGGACAGGCCCAUUCUUCGCAUCCCGCACCUGGCCAUCCAUCUGCAGAGAAACGUCAAUGAGAACUUUGGGCCCAACAUGGAGAUGCACUUGGUCCCCAUUCUUGCCACAUCCAUCCAGGAGGAGCUGGAGAAGGGGACUCCUGAGCCAGGCCCCCUCAAUGCUACAGAUGAGCGGCACCACUCGGUCCUCACGUCCCUUCUCUGCGCCCAUCUGGGGCUGAGCCCUGAGGACAUCUUGGAGAUGGAGCUGUGUCUCGCUGACACUCAGCCUGCGGUCCUGGGUGGUGCCUACGAGGAGUUCAUCUUUGCCCCUCGGCUGGACAACCUGCACAGCUGCUUCUGUGCCCUGCAGGCCUUGAUCGAUUCCUGCUCAGCCCCUGCCUCCCUGGCCGCGGAUCCCCACGUGCGCAUGAUCGCCCUCUACGACAAUGAAGAGGUGGGGUCGGAGAGCGCGCAGGGCGCACAGUCACUGCUGACGGAGCUGGUGCUGCGGCGGAUCUCGGCUUCGCCCCAGCACCUGACGGCCUUUGAGGAAGCCAUCCCCAAGUCCUACAUGAUCAGCGCAGACAUGGCCCAUGCCGUGCACCCCAACUACCUGGACAAGCACGAGGAGAACCAUAGGCCCUUAUUCCACAAGGGCCCUGUGAUCAAGGUGAACAGUAAGCAACGCUACGCCUCGAAUGCAGUUUCAGAGGCCCUGAUCCGAGAGGUGGCCAGCAAUGUCGGGGUGCCCCUGCAGGAUCUCAUGGUCCGGAAUGACUCGCCCUGCGGCACCACCAUUGGACCUAUCUUGGCUUCUCGGCUUGGUCUGCGGGUGCUGGAUUUAGGCAGCCCCCAGCUGGCCAUGCAUUCCAUCCGGGAGACAGCCUGCACCACAGGAGUACUCCAGACCCUCACUCUCUUUAAGGGCUUCUUUGAGCUGUUCCCUUCUCUGAGCCGUAGCCUCCUGGUCGACUGAGGCCUCUGCAGAGACUUCUCUCACACGUGAGAGGGGACGUUCUCAGCUGAGCUGAAGCUGGAUUAUUAAAGUGGAUUUUUCACUCAA